UCUUUCACACAUUUCACUAGACAGUCAGCAGAAGAGCAAGCUUUGCAAAUUUUUCUUUUUCAAACCAAAAAGAAUUUAAUAAAAUAAAGUACUAUACAAUAUGGAUAGACCAAUUGUCUGGGCUCGCGUCAUCAAGGUGCUGGGACGCACCGGCUCUCAGGGUCAGUGCACACAAGUGAAGGUGGAAUUUCUGGGCGAAAAUAAUCGUCAGAUCAUCCGCAAUGUGAAGGGACCUGUGCGUGAAGGCGACAUUCUCACGCUGCUGGAAUCUGAACGUGAAGCUAGACGUCUGCGCUAGGAAUGAAAAUGGAUUCUCUCUUCUGUCUUCUGACAACAAUAAACGAACGAAGAAAAGUUGAGGCAGCAAUAAAAACGAUAUACUAUGUUUGCAUAAACUUUAAUGUGCAUGCCAAAAGCAUUUAAUUAAACUUGUAAAUUUGAGCUGCUAAACCGAAAG